AUGAAGUUGUGUUUUGUUGCCGUGGGCGCUUUCAUGGCCCAGGGUGUGGCUGGAUCCGGUGGCGGUGGCAGUACUCCCUUUUCCUAUUUCGAAGCUCCCUUGUUUGAAGCUCCCGAUCACGCACAUGAGGUCAGUGCCGGUCCUUCUCGCUGGGGAAAACUUGCAAUUGAGCAUAAUCAGUGUGGUGGCAUUGGUCAGGCGACGGGGUACGGGCAGAGUCCCAUUGUGGUGCCUUCUUCCGUGGCGACCAACUGUGAUACCAGUUUGCUCGGCUACGAAUUUGCCAGUGGAGAUUGUUUGUGGGAACAGUUGGAAUUUGAAAUCAAUAAUCGUGUCGUCAAGGUAACGCCACACUCCUGUACUCUUGCCCGAUUGAAGGUUCCUGGAAAUGACCAAUGGUUUGAAGCUACUGAGCUUAUUGUCCGUGCUGGAUCUGAGCACGGAAUUGCUGGACAGUUGGAUUAUCCAGCCGAAUUGCAAAUUAAGCACGAACUCGUAGGUGGCCAUGGUGAUGGUCAUUCUGAGGAACACUCUGAGGAGCAUUCAGAUGAACACUCUGAUGAACACUCUGAUGGCGAAGAACAUGCUGAUGGCGAAGAACACUCUGAAGGAGAAGAACACUCUGAUGGAGAAGAACACUCUGAUGGAGAAGAGCACGCUGAUGAGGGUCAUGAAAUGGAAGGUGAUGACCAUGGAAACAGUACUGAAACUCACGAAGAAGCCCCCACUGAAAUGGAAGAUGAAGGACAAGUCGCCGAGGUGGCUACAGGUGAUCAGACACGAAGAAAGCUAUCGGGUGGAGGCGGACAUGGUGAGAGCCAUGGUCCCAUGGCCUAUUUGGCUGUCUUCCUCGAGGAAGACGCCGAAAGCCUCGGUCAUAACACUUUCGAAUAUUUUCUGUGGGGAUGGGAAAACAUUAAUCUGAGGGCGCAAGAAGAAUGUGCUAUCGAACCCAAUGGCACUCAAGUUUUCAACAUCAAUUCUUUUAUUGAAUCUCGACAGGAAAGGCUCGAAUGCGGAGUCGCUGGUGCAGGUGUCAUCAUCGACAACAUUGUACUUGACGAUGAAACGGGUUUGCCCGUACUCAAGGAAGUCGAUGUUCCCGAUACUCUCCUCCCCAAUCUCUACGCUAACUUGACUCACGGAGAUUAUGGACUCUACACAUACUUGGGCGGUCUCACCGAGCCUCCAUGCACGGAAAACGUGCAUUGGAGCAUUCUUGACCAGUCCAUGAAGGUCUCCAAAAACCAAAUUGAGCGCUUGUACAACCUCAUCUUGUGUCACACCGAGGUUUCAACCUGCAGGCACGGUACCGUGGCUAGCGAAGCUGGUUUCACCACCCGUCCCUUCCAAGCUCUUCGGGACCGAUCCGUCAUUCAUCGUUGUCCCGCAUUUGAAGAGGAAGUCACGGCGCCCUUGUUGCAUUCAUCCUCUCCCGAAUAUGAAUUCAACGACGUACACGCACAUCGAUGUGCCUUUGGUGGAGACGGAAGUCCGUUGGGAAAUUGCUGGGCUCCUUUGCACGUCCACAAUCACUUUGCGCUCUUGUUCCCAUGGUUUGUCAUGGCGCUCGGAGUCGUCUGCUACUACGUCUUGACCAGGUUCGCCCACGUGUUCCCAUACACUGCCGUCAUGUUCUUGUGUGGAAUUAUCAUGGGUAUCGCUCUUGUCGGCCUCGAGAAGACUGAUCAGCUCUCCAUUUCGAUUCGCAUGUGGACAGCAAUUGACUCUCAUACUCUGGUCAUGGCAUUUUUGCCAGGUCUCUUGUUCCGAGAUGCAUACACCACCAAUGUGUUCCUCUUCAUCAAGGCUCUGCCUCAGAGUCUUCUCUUGGCCUUCCCCGCAGUCUUGGCAGGAACGUAUUUGACUGCUUUGGUCGCUUACUACAUUUUGCCUUACGACUGGAGCUGGUUCUUGUGCCUGACCUUCGGCUCCAUUCUGAGUGCCACCGAUCCCGUCGCUGUCAACGCCUUGCUCAACGAAGUCGGAGCUCCACCACGUCUCAAGACUCAUAUCUCCGGAGAGUCUUUGUUGAAUGAUGGUUCUGCCAUUGUCUUUUUCACCAUCUUUUCCAACAUUUGGCUGUACGAGCUCGGCAUUCCUGGACUCGGUAGUGACAUUGACUUGGCCGGAGGUUUUGGACUAUUCUUCAGAAUGUCAUUGGGCGCUGUCGCUGUUGGUAUUGCAUUUUCCUUGGCCCUUCUGGCGUUGGUUUACCUUCUCAAUCGAAGAUUCAACUACGAGGAGAGCAUUGUCCAAGUCACUGCAUCCAUCACGACUGCGUACCUCUGUUUCUACGUCGCCGAGGCUAUCUGCACCAUGUCAGGUGUCAUUGCCGUUGUAACGUGCGGAGUCAUGACCAAGCUUGUUUCAGGCAGCAUUUUCAACGAUCCUGAUAUGAUGGAAAAGUUCUGGGUGCUUGUGGAGCACAUUCUGAACACCCUCCUAUUUGUACUCGGAGGAGUUGUCUGGGGUGUUAUCAUCUCCAAUUUGGAUCCCUAUCACGCAUUCGAGAUCAAAGCGUCAGACUGGGGCUAUUUGUUCAUUGUUUACGCCUUCGCCAUGCUGAUUCGUGGUGGUCUUAUCGCUAUCUUCUACCCUGUCUUCUCGAUGCUUGGACUCGGAAGCAACUGGAGAGAGGCUUUGUUUAUGGUUUUUGGUGGUCUCCGUGGUGCCGUCGGUAUUGCGCUCGCCAUUGCCCUUGACAGCAAUGUUCAGGCGAACACGUUCCUUGUUGACCCUCGUCGAAACUUCUCUACCGAGUUGUUCUUUAUGACUGGAGGCAUUGCUUUCUUGACCCUUUGGAUCAACGGAACCCUCGCAGGCCCAUUCCUCAGGAGUCUGGGUCUUGCUGAUAUUGGCGAGGGUAGGCAGAAAAUCGUUCAUCAGUACGAAGGUGUCGUCAAGCUUAAAAUGUUCCGAUUCUUGUUGGAGUUCUUGGGAGAUGCAAGGUUCGCCAUGGUGGAUUUCAAGGUCGUCAAGGCUCACAUUUCCUUGUUCAAUGACCUGAAUUUGCACGAAAUGCAUUACGCCGUCAAGCACCACAAAGAAAACACGCCUAUUUUGGAGUAUUCGGAACCCAACCUUUCUUCUUUCAAGCCCUUCAUGGAAAAGGAUGAGUUCCAAUCGUUUGUGGAUAGCUCCAAAAUCAAUUCUGGACAGAGGCUCCGAGCAGUUGUGGGCAUGGCCGCGCUUGCCAACCUAAACGUCAAAGCAGGUGAACAAGCCCUGGCCGACGAAACAGCCGAGGUCAAUCCCGAUCACAUGUUGGAGCUCCGCAAAGUCUUUGUGGAGUUGUUGGGUGUCGCUUACGAAGAACAGUUUGACAGUGGCGAGGUCGAUGUCCGAGACAGCCUCCUCGUCUAUGCCCUCAAGGCCAGUGUUGACUCAACGGCGGACAAGGUAUCCCAAGGACUUCCAUUGAACGAUUGGGAGGAAGUACAAAAGGUGUACAGACCAGGAUGCUUGACUACUACCGAACGAAAGGCUUCCAAGAUGAAACAUAGCAAAUCCAUGAAAAGCGUCCGCAACAACGACCUGGAGAGCCAGGCAGCCACUGCCAAGUUGGACUACAGCGAGUACGAUGAGUACUACAAGGUCAAGUCGCUGGCAAAGCGUGUUGUCGCUUAUGUGGAGGCCCACCAACGUGCGCAAAAGUUGUUCAAACAGGAAUUCGGGCACGGCAAGAUCAUGUCAGUGGACGAAGUGGCUCUUUUGACGGAGAGCGCGGACUUGGUCCAGGAAGCGGAAUCCACCCUCAAGGAUCAAAACCGAAAACAUGUGAGGCUUGCAAUCAGUCACAUCCUUUGUGACAUUUUGCUGAGCAAGGGUGCUGAAGUUGUGGGUGGAUUGACCGAGAAGGGAUUGUUGAGAGACCAAGAGGCCGAGGAAUUCCUCCACCACAUUGAGCACGACAUUGAUACCUGUGCUGUUUGCCUCGGUGAAAAGUGUGACAUCAACGUCAAUUCUCAUUCGGCUCACAUGAGAAAGUCGACGGCUGGCGGACACAGCACCCCUUCCAAACCAUUCAAGAAAUCGACGGGAAGUAGCGAUCGCACCGAUGCGACCCGUGUCUCUGGCGCUGGUGUUGUUGCUGAGCAACCAAGGCCACCCAUGUUGACCGAUGAAUCUUUGGGCAACGUUUCGGUCUAA